GCUUACCAGUGCCCCCGAGGUGUAGACGCCCGCACUGCGAACGGUGGAGUUAUUGAGCCAUUCCGGCUUCGAGAACCGAAAGAGACGGUUGUUUGAGACGUCCAUUUGGUGUUUUUGUUGGUGAAACGGUGAAUAUCGGAAAAGUGACACAAGAUUAUAGGCCCCGAGAGAUUGCUUGUUCUGUUCUGCUGGAUGGUUCAGGUUGUCUAUAUGCUCUCCGCUCUUCGCAAGGUUAGCGAUGAUGCAGUCGCCGGAAUUCGGAAAAUCGGGGGGGCCGGCCUGAAGUAUUCAAAGCAUACCAGCCCUAAGCUGUCUAUAUUAUUCACUUUGUUGAUUUCUACAGCAUUGAUGAAGAUUAUUGUCAUAGUUUGCUCUGUUUAUAUUUUAUUCCCAUUUGUCUUAGAUUACAACUUCACAAGAGUCGUCGUGCUGCCAUGUACUAUUGCAGUUAGCUUCAACAAUAGCAAUGACAGGAUUUAUGGAUCCUGUGCUCCGGACUGCAGAGUGAAAUGAAUUAUAUAGUUCGUAACGUCAUAAGUUGUAAAG